AUGGUACAGAAAAGGCUUCUUGCAGCAACUAUGAGAAACCAGCUACAGGUGGAAAACCCUGUCCCAAGAUCCACAAACCGGUGUGUGGUUCUGACGGGCAAACUUACCGCAAUGGCUGUGAAUUCUGCAAAGCAGCUAUUGUCUUCAACCCAGAUUUUGAAAACAAGUGUUUUUAAACCACAAGAGGGUCCAGAACCUGCAUUUAUUCUAGAGAGAAGAAAUGAAGCUAACCAUCAAGGAGAACAACAGGAAUCUAAUCAGCAAGGAGGUAGCAAUACACAAGGAAAACAAGCAACAUUUAACCUGCAAGGACAACCAGGGUAUUCUAACCAGCCAGGGAAACCAGGGAAUUUUAAUCAGCAAGGAAGGCCAGGAGUUCUCAAUCAGUCUGGGAGUCUGCAAGGGAAUUCAGGAGACUCUAAUCCAAAAGGGAAUGCUGAAGCUUCUAAUGAACAAGGAAAACUGGGAUCUUCUAGCAAAGGGAAACCGGGAUCAUCUGGCCAGCAAGGGCAUCCAGGGUCAUCCAGCCAGCAAGGGAAGCCAGGAUCAUCUGGCCAGCAAGGGCAUCCAGGGUCAUCCAGCCAGCAAGGGCGUCCAGGGUCAUCCAGCCAGCAAGGGCAUCCAGGGUCAUCCGGCCAGCAAGGGAAGCCAGGAUCAUCUGGCCAGCAAGGGGGUCCAGGGUCUUCCAGCCAGCAAGGGAAGCCAGGGUCAUCUAGUCAGCAAGGGGGUUCAGGGUCAUCUGGCCAGCAAAGAAGACCAGGAUGGUCUAGCCAACAAGGGAAAUCAAGAUCUUUCUUUCAAGAAGAAAGAAAAAAUGUAGGCAACCCUUUGAAUGCCAAUAUAACGGAGAUUCAGACUGGCAAAACCAGCAGCAAGAACCCAACUGGAAAUACAAAAUGUCCAUCUAUCUACAAGCCAGUCUGUGGUUCUGAUGGAAAAACCUAUGGGAACCACUGUGUAUUCAAUGAAGCCAAAAGGAUAAGUAAUGGGAAACUGAAUCUGAACCAUGAAGGGAAAUGCUAA